UUAAAUCGUCAGCAAAUAAUAAUUAUUCCGAGGGUUUUACUAUAUCGAGCUAGAGAUGUGGCAGUAUGAGCAGCACGCUAAAAACCGAUACCGUUAUGAUGUUUCACAUCCCUAGUCAGAAAAAAAAACAAGCGUCACUGUCACAUUUCUUGUUAUUGUUAUUACGCGUGCGGUGUGCGUUGCUGUUCUAAAAGAUUUUAUUAUUUUUUUCGUAAUGGACCCGCUGACCCCGUGUGGCUGCUGCCAGCUGCGCGCCGCAGACAAGGAGCUGCAGACGCCGUACACCCGGCUCGGCGCGACCGAGGUCUACGCCCACAUGCUCCGAGAAUGUUUCGGCAUUCACGUAACACUGAGUGGUGAAGGCUCAUGUGGGAUCUGCUCGGUGUGCGUGGGCCGCCUGCGAGAUGCGAGUGACUUUAAACUGCAAGUGCAGCGCACUCAGACGGAGCUGCAGGCGCGGCUGAAAGAAGAAACUCCCGGUAAUGUGUUUGUUACAGGUGAAGAAUCAGCGCUGGAGUCGGUAACAGAGUGGGGGGACGCCGGCAGUGACUGCAGUGACGAGCCGGUGUGGACAUUAGACGGCGCGGCUGGAGCGGACGCGGAGCCGGCGCCGUCAGUGUCCUUGCGCGCCAGACAGCAGCUCGCGAUGGCUUGCUCCGUGAGGCUCGCGCGCCUCCGCGACUCCCCGCGCGCGAGCCAGCCCGCCACUGUGCAGCGGGAGCCCCGCACACAACCCUACACCUGCGACACUUGCCAGGCGCACUUCACACACAAGUCUAGAUUAAUUACUCAUUUACAGAACCUUUGCAAACAAAGAAACAAACGUGAAACCCUCUUAGUUAAACACAAUGAAAAGAAACCACAUGUAUGUAACGUGUGUAACAAGGGGUUUGCACAAAUAGGGGAUUUAACCCGUCAUAAACAUACUCACAGUGGAGUGAAGCCACAUAUUUGUAAGGUUUGUAACAGGGCGUUUUCACGAACAGGGCAUUUAAAAUGUCAUGAGAUAACUCACACUGGAGUGAAGCCAUAUAUUUGUAAAGUUUGUAACAAGGGGUUUACACAAAAAGGGAGUUUGAACAUUCAUGAGAAUAUUCACAGUGGAGUGAAGCCAUAUGUAUGUAAGGUUUGUAACAAGCGGUUUACACAAAAAGGGAGUUUAAACAGUCAUGAGAAUACUCACAGUGGAGUUAAGCCAUAUGUAUGUAAGGUUUGUGGCAAGCGGUUUGCACAAACAGGGGAUUUAAAACGUCAUGAGAAUAUUCACAGUGGAGUAAGCCAUAUGUAUGUAAGGUUUGUAACAAACUGUUUACACAUAAAUCGAAUUUAAAACGUCAUGAGAUAACUUAUCAUGGUGUCAAAUCAGUUAAUGAAGGAUUUAUAAGAAAAACUUUCUAUACACACAGAAAAAGAGCCCCUGAUGGAACCAUGUCAUACAAUGGUCUAGCCUGUGACAUGCAUUUAACACAGCAAGGUGCUGUAGAAAAUAAAAGAGCUCAACACGAUGCGGAAGAAACUAACAAACAGUUAAAAGAAAACAGUUUAGAUAAGAAUAUUGAAUUAAAAUCAUACGCUUGUGAAGAGUGUAAGAACAAGUUCCCAUCACAGUCGGAGUUAGACAGACACAAGAGGAUCCACUCCGGAGAGGAGUCGUACGAGUGCGAGAUAUGCGAAUCUUUAUUCUUCGAUGAAGCCAGUUUAAUGACUCAUGUUAGUACUCAUGCGGGCAGAGUAGCUAAAAUUUAAGGAGUAGGUUGUUAGGUAGGCAACUCUGCAUAAGUAUGGAUCUGUUGGUGGAGUAUUUUGAUCAAUCACAAUCUUUUUAGUCGUUUAUUUCGUAGAAAGAAGGACCUUUAAUAUAUUUUUCUUUUAUUCUUCCGGCACCGUUCGUAAAAUAUAUAUGUAACGUCGUCCUCUGUGCCAUUAUUUAAAACCAUUGGUUAUAUAAGGAAAUUUAAUGUAAAACUACGUCGGUUUUAUUCCAUAAAUUACAUUUCUUACUA